AGACAGUUUUUUUCCAUCAAAAUGAGUCCAAGAAAGAUGGGAACUGAGUCUGAUUUUAUAGUUCAGUCCUUAUAGUAAAAUCAUGCAAAAUUAAUUGUAGCAGUUGAACAUUUCAUUCUUUGCUCCAACUUUGGUGGAAUCCCCACCAUUCAGAUUCAGUUUUCACCUCGAUUCCAUUCCAUGACAAGCAACGCUAUGCACCCCUUCAGAAACCCAAAACCAUGCCUUUCACUGUUCCACCAUCUUUUCAGAUUCAGAAUCACACCCACCACCAAUUCCCCCUAUCCAACAAUCCCAUCGAAUCACUUCUCAACUGAUUCUUCCACAACAUACCCGACAACAACUAAAACGACAACCUCUGUUUCCAUCGAUGCAGGUUCUUCUAACCGCAAACCCAUUAGUCUAUGGCCAGGGAUGUUCCAUUCCCCUGCCAUAUACGCUCUCUGGGAAGCCAGAUCUUCCGUUUUCGAAAACCCCGUUCUCUCCAAUGGCCCCUCCGUUCUCAAAACACCCUCCCGGAGCAGGACUUGCAUUUUCUAUAACUUCUCAGAAGAUCACAUGCUUCGCGAGCAGUAUAGGAAUCCAUGGAAUCACAUCAGGAUGGGCAAGCUCGUCGAGGAUUUCGACGCUCUAGCUGGUACCGUUGCGUUCAAGCAUUGUUCUAAUGAAGAUGGCACGGCAAGACCCCUUCUAUUGGUAACUGCUUCUGUUGACAAGAUGGUUCUUAAGAAGCCAAUCCAUAUUGAAGCUGAUUUGACCAUUGUGGGUGCUGUUUCCUGGGUUGGCCGGUCAUCCAUGGAGAUUCAACUGGAAUUGACUCAGUCCGCUCAAGGGAAUCCCAAUAUCUCAAGCUCACCUGCACUUGUAGCUAACUUCACAUUUGUGGCUCGCGACUCCGCCACUGGAAAAGCAGCCCCAAUCAACCAGAUCUCACCUGAAAGUGAGCAAGAAAGAUUGCUCUGGGAAGAAGCAGAAGAGAGGAACAAAUUUAGGAAAAGAAUGAAACAAGAACAGAAACAUGGAGAGAGUGAAGACCCUGCUAGGCUCAAAGCACUACUGGCCGAAGGGCGUAUCUUCUGUGACAUGCCAGCAUUGGCCAACAGAGAUAGUGUCCUGAUGAAGGAUACUUGCCUACAGAACUCUUUUAUCUGUCAGCCACAGCAAAGAAACAUCCAUGGUCGUAUCUUUGGAGGAUUCUUGAUGAGAAGAGCGUUUGAACUUGCCUUUUCAACUGCUUAUGCCUUUGCUGGUGCAGCACCUCAUUUCCUAGAAGUUGAUCAUGUUGAUUUUUUUAAACCUGUGGACGUUGGAAAUUUCCUUCGUCUCAAGUCUUGUGUUCUGUACACGGAACUUGACAACAUAGCUGAACCCCUGGUGAAUGUGGAAGUUGUUGCACAUGUGACAAAGCCUGAGCACCGCUCAAGUGAGGUAUCUAACAGAUUCUACUUCACAUUUGGUGUUGAUCCUGUGGCCAUUAAAAAUGGGUUGAGGCUUCUACAUGUUGUUCCUGCUACAGAAGAGGAAGCACGGAAGGUGCUUGAACGCAUGGAUGCUGAGAACCUGAGUUUGGUUAAAAAAGAUGGUAAUCUAAACGUUGUCAAGGAGAACAAGUGUACGGAGAAAACAAAUCUCUGAUAUAGCACCUGUAGAACUUUCUUAGUAGUUGUGGAUUGAACUACAGAGCGAUUUUGAAGGGUUUUUUUUUUUUUUUUUCCAUUCACGAUUAGAGGUAAAAAGAUAAUAGCUUCUCUUGGUGGUUCAAUAGAGGAGGCAACACAAUUCUCAAACCUUUAGAAAUCAA